UAUGUAUCACCAUGGACUCUUCAGAGCCUCCAUCAAGCUGCCAUCGGAUUACACGGCGGGAGUGGUGGUCGCCUUCUACACGUCGAACGGGGACGUGUUCGAGAAGAGCCACGACGAGCUCGACUUCGAGUUCUUGGGGAACAUCCGCGGCAAAGAGUGGAGGGUGCAGACCAACGUGUACGGCAAUGGGAGCACCAGCCGCGGAAGGGAGGAGCGCUACUAUCUCCCAUUCGAUCCCACCGCCGACUUCCACCGCUACUCCAUCCUCUGGACUGCUGACAACAUCAUCUUCUACGUCGACGACACCCCUAUCCGCGAGGUGCGGCGGUCCGAGGCCAUGGGCGGCGACUACCCGUCGAAGCCCAUGUCGCUGUACGCCACCAUCUGGGACGCGUCAAACUGGGCCACCUCCGGCGGCAGGUACAAGGUCAACUACAAGUACGCCCCGUUCGUGUCGUCGUUCGCCGACCUCACCCUCCUCGGCUGCCGCUUAGACCCGAUCCAGCAGGUGCCGACGACCCGGAGCGGCUGCCCCGCGGCGGCGGCUGAGAUUGCGGCCACCGGCCUAGCAGUCAUGACCCCGGAGAAGCGGCGGGCCAUGCGCGCCUUCCGGAGGCAGUACAUGAGCUACUCCGUCUGCUACGACCGAGUGCGGUACCCGGCGCCGUUCCCGGAGUGCGACAUCGUGGAGACGGAGAAGAAGAGGUUCGGGGAGACGGGGCGGUUGAGGUUUCGGAGGCACCGCCGGCGUGUGCCGCGCGGCGGCAGGGUUCCGGUGGUGGCCGACUCGAACAGGCAGCCACAGAUGUGACGAUACGGAGUGGGUGGUGUCGUAAUA